CUCCAACAACGAUGGGUUGAAAUGGCCACCAUCAAACCCAUUGAGGGCCGCUCCGUCCAUCAAAUCCAAUCCGGCCAAGUCAUCGUCGACCUCUGCUCCGUCGCCAAAGAGCUCGUAGAAAACAGCGUCGACGCAGGCGCAACCUCCAUCGAGGUCCGCUUCAAAAACCACGGCCUCGAUGCCAUCGAAGUACAAGACAACGGCGCUGGCAUCGCGGCCGCCGACUUCGAUACACUAGCUCUCAAGCACUAUACCUCCAAACUCUCCACCUACUCUGACCUCACCUCCCUCUCGACCUUCGGCUUCCGCGGCGAAGCACUCUCCUCCCUAUGCGCGCUUUCAAAGUUCCACGUCGUGACCGCGCGGGCGGACGACGGUCCGAAAGGCACGAAGCUUGAGUUCGAGCAGUCUGGGAAACUGAAAGGGACGUCCGUGGUCGCUGCCAAACAAGGCACGAUUGUCGUGGUGGAGCAAUUAUUCUACAACCUCCCGGUGCGGAGAAAGGAGCUGGAGAAGACGGUUAAGCGGGAGUAUGGCAAGGUGCUUCAACUGCUGAACGCGUACGCGUGCAUAAGCACGGGGGUCAAGUUUUCCGUGAGCAACCAGCUGCCGAAGGGGAAGAAGACGGUCGCAUUCGCCACGCAAUCAAACCAGCACACGAGGGACAACCUCGCGAAUGUGUACGGUGCGAAGACGCUGAUGGCGCUGAUACCCCUAGACUUGACGUUCGAGAUGGAUUCGUCUGCUAAGCCGGCGGCAGCGAUGCAAAGCGCCCGGAACUGGAGCACGCAGGACGACGGGUCGAAGACGGUGAAGAUUGCGGGGCAUAUAUCGAGGCCGGUUGUGGGUGAGGGGAGGCAGACGCCUGAUCGGCAAAUGUUUUUUGUGAAUUCGAGGCCGUGUGCGCUACCGCAGGUGGCGAAGGCGUUUAAUGAGGUGUAUAAGUCGUAUAACAUCACGCAGUCGCCGUUCAUCUUUGCGGACUUGAAGCUCGAUACUAAUGCGUACGACGUCAAUGUAUCGCCGGAUAAGAGAACGAUUCUGCUACACGAUCAGACGGCGUUGCUUGAGAGUCUGAAGAACGCGCUGUUUGAGUUGUUCCAGGGGCAUGAUCAGAGUGUGCCGCAGGCUCAGCUCGCGGAUCGUAGACUCCCUGUUUUCAGGGCUCCGAGUAUACGAACGCAAGUGAGUACUAGCUCGGCCGUCGAGGAACCGGAGGAGGAGGCUGCGAGCGAGCCAGUGCAGGAUGAUCGUAGACGACAAUCACCAAGUGCUACCCCUGAACCCCCAGCUCGAGAGAAGUCUCAUCUGCCGGGGUUCGUGAAAGCGAGCUUAAUAGAGAGGUUUGCGGAAAGGGACACAAAGGAGCAAGCGGAAUCACAUAAGCCUAGAGCUAGGAAGAGCCCGACAGCAGAGGAGGGUGAAUCACUGUUUGUGCCGGAGGACCGAUCUGAAGAUGGAUUUGAUGCACAACAAGAAGAAGACGAUGUCGCCGACAGCAACGCCAGACCACCACAAACACUAUCAAAAGCCGUACAAGACUUCAACGCCCGCCUAGCCUCCCAACACGCGAAGCGCAUGGCACAAGAACGCUCCUCCUCCCCACCCCAACGACCCCAUAAAAACACCCACGCCCACGGAAAAGACCCCUCUUCUUCCGAAGAAGAAGAGCAAAUCCCGGCCGUCAAACAUACCCCGCAAACCCGAUUCUCCCAAAGCACGAUCCAGAACGCCUUCGAUCGCAUGCGUCCCAUGAGGACGCCCGUCCAGCAGGCCACCAUUACAGUCGGCGACAAGACGACGGUGUCUACGAUUGGGAGUUCGUCGAGGGCGUCGAAGAGGGCGAGGAUUCACACGCCGAGGUUUUCGCUGGACGGCGAGCCGCUCAGUCAGACGCCGAAGAGGUCGGUUAUGGGGAGUUUGAGGGGGUUUGCGGCGCCGGGGACGCAGGUUGAGGGGAGUGAUGAUGAUGAGGAGGAAGAGGGGGAGAAUGAGGAGAAUGGGGAAGAAGAGCAAGAUGGAGGAGAGGGAGAUCAGGACAGUAGUAUGCCUGAUGCGUCUGCUGAGCGCUCUCCGUCUCCUUUGAAACGGCAGAUGUCGAACGGUGAAAUGGAUGUUGAUAGUGAUCCGCCGAUAGCGCCCGCCAUUGCUGCUCUUGUGACUGACCCAGCAUCGGACGAUGAGGGAGAAGGGGAAGACGAAGAAGAAGACGAGGAACCGGCAGUUGAGCAACAGGCUAAGGGCGACGACCCUCACGGAGAUUACAUUGAUGAUACGGAGAAGAAGGCUCGCGAAGAUGCCAAAGUGGCUCAGAUCAUUGCUGAAGCCGAAGAGGCAGCGGCGCGACCUUCCGAGCUGAACACGAAACGUGCUGCUAAACUGUUCCAUGCUUCGAGGAAGCAGUUCAAGACGCUGGGCAUGGUCAAGCCCGUACAGACAUCUACGGAUGAUAUCGAGCGUUUCUCAGACAGCCUCCGAUCGGCCAUCGAGGAUGCUGUAGCUGCCGCAUCGAAUGCAGAUGCACCUACCAGUGCCUACCUGGACGACUCGAACCCAGAAGAGCGCCUCUCUCUCACUGUCAUGAAGUCAGAUUUCAAUAGCAUGCGAAUCAUCGGACAAUUCAACCUCGGCUUCAUCCUCGCCGUACGACCCCCCUCCUCCACCUCCGCAACCGCCGACCUCUUCAUAAUCGACCAGCACGCCUCGGACGAGAAAUACAACUUCGAAUCCUUCUCCGCCAACACGAUCCUGACCUCCCAACGGCUCGUGCACCCUCACCCUCUCGAACUCACCGCCGUCGAAGAAGAAGUCAUCCUCGAAAACUCCCACGCCCUCUCCGCAAACGGCUUCGUCGUCUCUAUCGACACCACCGGCACCCACCCCGUCGGCAACCGCUCCAAACUCACCGCCCUCCCCAUGUCCAAAGAAGUCACCUUCACGCCCACCGACCUCGAAGAACUCCUCGCCCUCCUCCUCGACAACCCGGCCUCCAUGUCAACAACACAGUACGUCCCGCGGCCCAGCAAAGUCCGCAAGUUGCUCGCGAGCCGCGCGUGUAGAGCGAGCAUCAUGAUCGGCAAGACGCUGGACCGCAAGAAGAUGGAGAGGGUGGUGCGGCAUAUGGGCGAGAUGGAUAAGCCGUGGAGUUGUCCGCAUGGGAGGCCGACUAUGAGACAUCUUUAUGGGCUGGACGACUGGGUGCCGUGGAGGGAGGGGGAUGGGGUUGUGGGGAUUGAGGAGGAUGUGAGAGAGGGGAAGGGGUGGAAGGGGUUUUUGGAGGGGUUUAGGGCUGCGAGGGAAGGGUGA